CAGCUGGCAACUUCAAAGACUUACAUCUUGUUUCACAUUCAUUUCACUCCCAAGUCUUGCCUGGAGAGCUCCCUGUUAUAUAUUAAAUUUGUAUCCCAAAAAUGAAAUCUUGCUGUGGUGCUAUCGAAAUAUUGCACCUGGGCCAGGCUCAGGAACGCAAAAUGAUCCGAAAACCAUCAUUGAUGAAGUUCCUCAAGAACACACCGCCAAAACCGCAGAAGGAAACCCGUUUAUUUCUACCAAAAGGUCAAAGCAAAACCGUUUUGAUAAAUCCAUUGAAAGCUAACAACAAGGAUAAGGAUCUCAAGGGAAACCUAAUAGUUACGGAUUCAAAGAGAUUGGAAAAGGAAUCGCUACGUAAAUCCGGACGCAAUCAUCGUGGCGCUAGACUUUUUGAUCGCCACUCUGGAUCAUAUCGUACUGGUGUCAAGGCCAUGGACAAACGCAAUGGAGCUGGGGCCCAUAACUGGGGAUCACUGGAGUACAACGAUAUUGAGGAGGAUGAUUCAACCAACUACAAAAGUAAGAAGUUAACAAAGGAUGUGUACUGCCAGUCGGAGUUCGAAAAUAUCGAGGAGCCGAAACAAUACACACUAGAUGAGUACCGUGCCAUCCAGAAAAGAAAUGCUCUUGAAAAGAAUAGCGAGCUGGACUCGAAGAAUGACAAAGUAUCACUAGAACUAGGAGAAUUAGGAGUUAUUGGACAACGUUCUUCUCGAAAAUUACGCCUAACCGACUUCAACUUCAAUUUCAACACCGAACAAGAACCUAAUUUUGAGAUCAACAAGGAACCAAAGUUCUGCCCAAAGGUCGAUGAUGACGAGCAGUUUCCAAGCCUUGUCUAAGCUUUUACUUGCAUUUCUUUUUGUAUUUCGCAUUGAUAAUCAUUUUAUUUUAUUCAUUAUUUUUGGAUGGUAUAUUAAAAUGGCUGUGAUUGGAGC